GCUCCUAGUCAAGAUCAGAGAAGGCUCCAGUAGAUACAAAAGUGCAGAGCCUACUGCUCAGUCCCACAGCCCUGGCACCCCUCUGCCACACAGCAUGGACAUCACUCUUCCAGCAGUUAGCAGCACACCAUCCCCCCCUUCAUCACCCACCAGAGAGUGCCCACAUUCUCCCUUGAAGGCGCAAGCUGGUGCAUCAGGCGGUAGCUUGGUUGACAUUGGACAAGGGCUGCGAAUUCCGCUGGAAACAUGGCGUCGUGUGCAGGCUCGGGACAAAGAUUCUUUGUUCAUUAAGGAUCUGCUGGUGACAAUCUGGGAUCCAGCUCAGCUACAAGGACGAUCAUUGCAAGGCAAGCAUUGUCCUCGUUUCCCAAAUCGGCCGAGAAAGGAUCCAUUGACACCAUGGAAGGUGUCUGUCAUGCGAACCUGCUACAAGCGUCGCUUGGAAAAGCAAGGUUUCCCAGACAGUGCGGUCCAAACGCUCAUGAAGCGAAUGAACCAUUAUGUUGGAGAGAAAAUCGCAGACAUCGACAAGAUGGCAAAGAGGGUGCAGCGUGACUAACCAAUGUGGCUGUAGCAAAGUGCUGGACCUGCAUGGCAAGAUACCGCAUAUUAUGUUUGUAAAUAAAAGAUGUUCUGUUUUACAAUAA